AUGUCAUCGAAAGAUAAACAAAAUUUAAAACAAUUGAUUGCUGGUGUUGAUACAGAUCAAUAUCUUGAACUUGAAAAAGCUUUACAUUCGAUCAAAACUAAUUUUUCAAAUAUGACACCUAUUGAUUCAGAAGUUAGUUCUGUUGAUUUACAGACUUUUCUGGAACAGAUUAAAUAUAUUAACAUUAGCAUGAAUUAUGCAGAUAAUAGUACAGAUUAUGAAAAUAUUGAUGAUUAUCAUAUUCAACGUGAACGACCAAUCUCGGAUAUUCCUAUAAUCUCAAAUAAAAACUUACAGCCACCUUUAUUUUGCAUUAUCCAAUAUUUCGGACGUGAACAUGACGGUGUCAAACGGUGA